CAACGUGUGUGAAUCUAGCAAUCCUGCCAGGCAGCUUGUUCUGUGCAUACUUAUGAGAGAAGUGUAAUUUAGGAAAAUACACACAUUUUUCGGUUGAUAUAUCGUACGGUUAAUUUCUGGCUGCUAUGGGUAGCUUCAUAGCUUUCUGAUGUUAAGUGAACACAGAUUUCGCUAUGCUAACAUGCUAGUAUGCUUUGCGAGAAACAUUAUUAACGUUAGGCUAACGUUUGUGCUACAGCGCUGUUCAAAUAAUCGAAUGUAGCCCAAUCUGUAGUAAAAUAGACUAGUAAUUUCCACAGAGGCUAUUUAAUUAUCCAUUUCCUCUUCUGAGGGAGCUCAAAUCUUUUCGUGCACAAUGCUCAAAUCACAUCGAACCGAAGAGGAGAAUUUCUAUAUAAACUGCAGGGCAGCAUACCUGGCUGUUUUCAAGUCAAGUUUAUCAAACAUCACUUCCAGAGAACAGUUAUGCCACGUUCUUCAACAGGCAGGACAUAAUCCCUCACAGAAGCUCCUGAAUAAAUACUGGACUCCUAGGACCAAGAGGCUGAAUUUUGAUGAUUUCUGUGACAUAAUGCAGAAGGAGAAGCCAACAGAACAUGGUGAAAUUCUCAGAGUAUUUACGAAACUUGACAUUAAUGGAGAUGGGUUCAUCUCACACAAAGAACUGCACAAAGUCCUCACCACGAGUGGUGAGAAGAUGACUGAUGAAGAAGUAAAUGAGAUUUUCUCAUUAUUUGACAUCAACAAAGAUGGGAAACUUGAUUAUCCUGAGUUCUGCAGAAUGUUGGAGUCCACAGCAGAGCAGUGUCAGGCAGCAGCCCAGGAGAAAUUGGAGGCUGAUGCCAAACUCAAGAGGCAAAACUUUGGCAACCAGUCCGACAACUCACCCAAGACCACAACCCCCCCACACCAAGAGUCUCUCCAGAAAGGUGAACCUGAUGCAGCCCUCCUCAGGAGAGACAGCCGCUCCACUUCCCGGCCAUCAUCGGCUCGCAGUCGCCGUUCCUCAAUCUCCAUGGCCAUCACAAUGGCAGCAGCCAGCACCAGAAGUGCCAAACUGUUGGAACCGAAAUCCUUACAGGAGUGGCAUCAUAGCCAUCUGAAAGGCUGUUUUUUCCUGGAGGAAGAUGGAACCAUAGUGUCUCUGCAGUAUCGACUGCACAUCUCCCAGACCACCACUGUCUACCUGACCAUACAACCCCUCAACCUCAGCCAAACCCCGGACAAGCCAUCUCCCUGGAUGUCUGUGGACACUGCCCUGCUUGUGCUUACAUCCAAUGAAGGAAAAGAGGACUCGAAUGUUGUGUGUGUUACUGAGCUGCGGGACAAAGAGAAGUGUGUGUGGAAGGGGGAGCUGAGUGAGGGCACCUACAUCCUCCUGCCCCUCAGCACGGGCUGCAGGCUGGUGCGCAGCAGGAAGCCCGAGCUGACCGGCGCUGAGCUGGUCUACAGGAACCAGGACUCAGGGGAGCUGGAGCUCACCAAAGAGUUCAGGGCGGCGCUGUCCACCAUAUUUGAUGUGAUUGACCUGGAUGGGAACGAUUUGCUGAGCCUGGAGGAGUAUAACCUGUUUGAGGAGAGGACCAGUGGGGAGAAGUGUGAUGAGGACGCUUGGGCCGUCUGCAAAGAAAACUUUGACACCAAGAAGAACAUGCUGACCAGGCAGGGCUUUCUGGAGCUCAACCUGAUGGAGGCCAAUGACCGUGAAGGAGACCCCCGGGACCUGUGGAUCACCCUGGAGGCCAUGGGCUUCAACAGGGCCCUGGACAUGGUGGAGGCCUGUCCCUUCAUAAUCGACGUGCACUGUGAGGAUGUGAAGCCCAUCCUGCAGGCAGUGAAUCUGGAGUCAGCCGCCAGGACACUCAACACGGCGCUGCAGCGCUCAGUCAUCAACAGAGGAGAGGCCAGGCCCAUCAAGGGUCAGGAUGGCGUCACUGUGUACACAUACCGAGGGGAGAGCCGGAUCUCCUCAGUCAUCGCUAACAAGAGCAACCAGAGAGUGGUGGUGCAAGUGAACAACGAGCAGAGUAGGAACUGUGUCAACAGCAGGGGACUGAGUGUGUUUGCUGUGGAGGUGCCUGCCAGAACCAAAAUAGUUUGCCAGCAUGUUAUGCCUCUAAACGAGAAACAGGAGUGGAUUUACAGCUGUGUGGAGAGCAUCGUAUCAUAAGGGUUUCCAACGAUGACUAGAAUCAUUCAUGAUGUUUCAUGUGUGGAGAUGCGGCUUUUGAUCAGGUACACACACAGCAAAGUUAAUGUUCUACCAGAGGAAGGGGUUCACUCGAUUUGUUGAUACCUUUUUUGUACUUAUAGUCCGGUAGUUGCUGUGCAUUUAAUUGAUGUAAUUGUCCUGUAACCUUUUGAAAUGUUUGUAUUAUAAUCUAUGUGUGCAUCACAUGUUUGGAACGCAAUGUAGUUGUCUUAAUAAUGAACAAAAAGUGCACAUAUCUAACUCAAAUGCCAUGCAUUCGACUUUUUUUAGGAACUCCUUCCUUUGUAAAAAAUACAUCUGAGAUUUAAUUUGAAAUCUAAUGUAAUGUAACAUUAUAUUGUGCCCAUCAUGAUUUGAUUGUCAUUUGUAAUUUAUCACAUUAAACAAAUGAAUCCAUGUCUAA